GUCACGUGGGCAUCUCCUUGAGCGCAAACUGUAAUCGAUAGGGAUUGUAGCGUACUCACACAAACACGGAGCCUUGUUUUGGUUUACAGCUACUGGAUUUAUUAACAAAGCGACGAAGAGAACUUUACAUUUAUCGGCUUCGUAUCACAUUGGACUCUAACAUAUUUUGAAAAGAUAAUAGAAUGCAUUGAUACAUGUUUUAUUUUUAUGGGUUGCACUUUUGCAAACAGGGCUAUCGACGGGACAAGCCUGCCUUGGUGGUUACCGAGCAUGCGAAAUGGGGUCAUAUGCUGACGGGGCUUGUUUUGAACUCCGGACUGAAGUGAGUUUUCCCAUAUUUUGGUAGGCAACUUUUUGUCAUCAUAAUGAAAGGACAAAUUCAUAAAGAGUAUAUUAUUUUAUAUUCUUAGGGAGAAAAUGUAGCAUACUGCUUAGAAAUUCCACUGCAGCACCAACAGUUUGACAGCACUUAUUGGUUUAGCGCGGUUAGUUUAGCUAAUUGAGACGUAUGCCAUAGCAUAUUCAUAAUUAAGAUCCACACUAACUCGUUUUCAAUGGCUAUAUUAGGAUCUAAAUACCCUAAUAUUUUUUGCUUUUUUAUUUCAGUAAGAACAGUUGUAUUUUCAAAUACAAGUACUAUUUAAAAUUCCAAAAUGGCUAGCCCAACUACAGAGGAGCAGGGUUGUUUUUCAGAUGUAAGAAAGGUGGGUUAUUUAAGGAAACCUAAAAGCAUGCACAAGAGGUUUUUUGUCCUGCGGGCUGCUAGUACUGCAGGACCCUCCAGGUUGGAGUACUACGAAAAUGAAAAAAAAUGGAGACACAAGUCCGGGCUGCCUAAAAGGUCAAUCCUGCUGGAGAGCUGCUUCAACAUAAAUAAAAGGACAGAUUCCAAAAACAAAUACCUGGUGGCUCUUUACACCAAGGAUGAGUAUUUCUCUAUUGCAGCGGACAGCGAGCAGGAACAAGACAGGUGGCACCAAGCGCUAGUGGACCUACACAACAAAGGUAAAGUUCAUGAUGCUGCUGUUGGUGGCAGUGGAAUGGCAGAGGAGAAUUAUGGAGAAGAAACCAUGCCAGGACCUGCCUUUAAAGAAGUCUGGCAAGUUAUUUUGAAACCAAAGGGCUUGGGACACACCAAAAAUUUUAUUGGGAUUUACAGAUUGUGCCUAACAAAUAAAACCAUCAGCUUUGUGAAAUUGAAUUCGGACGCAGCGGCGGUCGUGCUGCAAUUAAUGAAUAUACGGAGAUGCGGUCAUUCAGAGAAUUUCUUUUUCAUUGAAGUGGGAAGAUCCGCAGUCACAGGACCGGGGGAAUUUUGGAUGCAAGUGGACGACUCUGUUGUUGCUCAAAAUAUGCAUGAAACCAUCCUGGAGGCGAUGAAAGCGAUGAGUGAGGAAUUUCGUCCCCGGAGCAAAAGCCAUUCCUCGUCAAACUGCUCCAACCCAAUCUCUGUGCCUUUGAGAAGGCAUCACCACAACAACCUGCCACCUAGCCAAGUGGGACUGGGAAGGAGGUCCCGGACUGAGAGUGUGACGGCCACCUCUCCUGCUGGCCCGGGAAAGCACAGUCAUUCAUUCAGAGUGAGGGCCUCUAGUGAUGGGGAAGGAACCAUGACCAGACCUGCCUCAGUGGAUGGGAGCCCCUGUGCUGCCAGGACACAAUCUCACAGACACAGAGGGGCCUCCCGCCUCCACCCUCCCCUCAACCACAGCAGGUCUAUCCCCAUGCCCUCUUCGUGCUGCUCCCCCUCAGCAAUCAGCCCAGUUAGCCUGUCCUCCAGCAGUACGAGUGGGCACGGCUCCACUUCAGACUGUCUCUACCCCUGCCGCUCCAGUGCCUCCAUAUCUGGCUCUCCUAUUGACGGGGGAUUCAUUUCCUCUGAUGAGUAUGGAUCCAGCCCCUGUGACUUCAGGAGCUCCUUCCGCAGUGUCACACCUGACUCCUUGGGUCACACACCGCCCGCCAGGGAGGAAGAACUCAACAACUACAUCUGCAUGGCAAAGCCUGCAACUCUUCUGAGGGGCCACUGUGGCUGCAGCCCCCACCCCCAUGGUACGCCAUCCCACCUGGACGAGCCUGAGCUGGAGAAGUACUUCAGGAAACGGACACACUCCUCGAGCACAUCUCCCCUGACAGUGUGCCACCAGAAGACCCCCUCUCAGUCCUCCACAGUAUCGCUGGAGGAGUACACAGUAAUGCAGCCUGCAUACUCGUCAUGCAGCCGAGCAUCCAGCUACAGGCACUCUGCCUUCAUGCCCACACACUCAUUCCCAGAGGAGGGCAUAGACAUCCCCUUAGAGGGCAACAGGGUGAGCCAAAAAGAUGAUGGCUACAUGCCCAUGACCCCAGGUGUGGCACCUGCCACAGGUAAAAGUGCCGACUACAUGCCCAUGAGCCCCAAAAGUGUGUCGGUGCCACAGCAGAUUAACUCCCACCAGCACCCCAAAAUGGACUCCAAUGGGUACAUGAUGAUGUCACCCAGCGGGAGCUGCUCACCAGACACCACAAACUACGGUCAAAUCUGGACCAAUGGGGUCAACCCUAAGCUGUCUGUCGAGAGCACAGAGGAGAAAUUGUUGUCGCAUGGGGAUUACAUGAACAUGUCACCGGCGAGCUACUCCAUGACUAGCACACCGCCAGACUGCUACAUCAACCUGGUAGAGGAUCCACCCAAGUCCAUAUACGCCUACUUUUCCUUGCCUCGCUCUUUUGAACACAGCCACAAGAAGCUGGACCAGAACCCCCUGCACCUUUCGCUCAGCUCUGGACACCUGGCCUUCAGGGACUCUUUAGCCUCCUCCACGAGCAGCGACAGUCUGAUGGGACAGGGCUACAGUAGUCAGCCCGUGGUCAAGUCCAAGAGAGCUGAUGUGGACAGCAGGCUGGCCAGGCCCACGCGCCUCUCUCUGGAGGGCAACAAAGCCAGCACCCUGCCUCGUACCCAUGAGUGCCCCUUCCCUACAGAUCCCAAAAGCCCCGGGGAGUAUGUCAACAUAGAGUUCAACGACAAGGCCUUCUCAGCUGGCUUGGCCACUCACUUCUCCCCUGUGUUCCCAGGGAGUGGCCCAGAGAAGCCAGCAGAGAUUUCCUCAGACUACAUGAACAUGCACCUGGGUGCUCAGGGCAGGGGCAUUCCCAACUGGGAAGCCAAAUCCCUAGCCUCCUGCACAGAUUGCUAUGCUAUAGUGGCACCUGUGGCUCCCUCCUCCUCUGUAAUCCCCUGUGAGAACCUCUGUAGACGGGACUACAGCUGCACACAGACGGACUACUCUGACACACACAUGAUUCUGAACGCUCCGAUGUCGACCAUUGAUGUCACCCCCUUCUCUGUGUCCCCUCCAAGCCAGGACCUGUCUGUGCUUGGUGCGGGUCCCAGUGCCGUGCCCUUAGGACUAAUGGGCCCUCUCUCUGGGCUGAGUGCUUUCACCAGGGUUAACUCCAGUUUUAUCUGGAACCAGGGAGCUAAAUUGAUCCGUGCCGACCAGCAGGGCCGGCGCCGGCACAGCUCGGAGACCUUCUCCUCCACAGGAGUCCCGGUCAGCGCUGCUGCGCCCUCCGUGGAGGAAGUGAAACGUCACAGCUCCGCCUCUUUCGAGAAUGUGUGGCUGAAGCCGGGAGAAUCCCCAUUAUCUGUCAACGGGAGGAGAGAAAGCCCAUCUGGGCCCAGCUCUAACGGACAGAACCAGAACAGGCUGAACUACAUCGACCAGGACCAGAACCUCCCAGAGUGGAGUUCCCUCCCGGCCAGAGCCAUGGACACGCAAGGUGGGAGUGCCCCAGAGGACCUGCGCGCCUAUGCCAGCAUUAGUUUUCAGAAAGCAGGCGAGUCGAGGAUGAACCCCGCUCACAGAGAAGACCCAGACAGCCCAGGAAAGUUGAGGGAGGGAGAGAGACUGUCUGGGUGCACACUGUUCCUGAAUGAAGAUGGGUGCUCUCCAGUGAAUUUAGACUUCCUUGUCAUAGAACAGACAUCAUAGAAUGGACCUCACAGAUUCACAACCAGACCUCACCAGUCAGGUGACACCAGUCAGCUACCCGCAAACCUGACUGGACAAAACUAUUACUGGACAUUACAAUCCAGACCUCAUAAUCUGGAUUUCACAAUCCUUACUUCUUCAUCUGGAUUUUGCAAUCCAGACUUCACAGCUUGGACAUUGUAAACCAAACCUCACAAUCCAUAAUCUGGACCUCACAACCCGGAGCUGCAGUGUUGAUGCUGUAACCCAGGUCCUCCUCUUAGCACCGGUAUGGUACUACUCAACGGUUCUCAGCCUCACCGCACCACUUCCUCAGGCAACAAAGCGGCAAACCUGCCCAGUCUCAAACCUGCCCAGUCCCCCACGUCAUAUUUCAAUUUUCUUCACUUAUUGGCUUUUUGUUGCUUUUGUUUCUUGUUACGGUCAUUUACAUUUUGGCCAGUUUGGCUUCCAGGCCAGUGUCCCCACCACACAACUCAGAUGCUCCCACAGCAUCAUACCAAGCCUCCAAAUGGCUACAGUAGUCACUAGUGUUACUUGAACUUUGUCUUCUGUUACAUGCUACUGGGUCCUUCCAUGUCCCUGUCAGCAACAAAUUGUGCUUCAUUCUAGUAGUUUGUAAAUAGGUUCUCUAGAGGAUCCUCUUAAAUAAUGUGGUACAUGAUAUAUAGACACAAUGUCAAUAGUGUUGUAUCAUCUAAACAUCCAGUCAGACAGGAAUAGUCCCAUAUCUGAGCUGUUGGUACUAAUACUGACACUCUAGCUGAAACCCGUAAUGGCUUUCACAGAUCUAAUGGCAGAGCAACUCUAUGUUGCUGUGGAUUUCUAACAUUUCUAUUUCUAUGGUACAGCAUUGUCACCAAGUAUAUGUGGUUGGAGCAAAUCAUAUCAACUCUUAGGGCUACAUUGUAACAGUCUCUUCCAUAGAGGCACCUCUGUAAAGGCUUGGAAGCCAGUAAAGUUGCUUGCGACGUUUUCAUUUUAUUUAGCAUUUUAUUUUUGCAGAAAAAUAUGGACUGUAAUAGGUUCACACAAAAAAAGGGCAUAUUUUCUGUCAUUCUUGCUGCUGAUGACUUUGACAAACCAUCUCUGUAAAUUAUUGAAUAUAUAAUGUCAAUUGUUUUAAAAGUCAAGAUUAUUUAACAUGGUUUAUAUCGGUGCAUUUUGAAUUUAAACUGAAACAUGUCCAAUAUUUUUGUAUCCCUUAUUAAUGGGAAAUCUGCUUCUUACAUAUGAUCCUAUAUAUUCCUGUCCACCUCAUGGGUUUUUGUUCUUUUGUUGAACAUUUUGAAUGUUAAGUGGAUUCUAGGUAUUCCCCAUGUUAAACAAGAACCCCACUCCUCCAAACACACCAGCACCAUCCCAAUGGGCCUGUUCCUGAGAGUGUUAUACUCCUCUGUUUCUCUAACACUAUAGGCUACAGCUGUGUUGCUCUGUAAUCCUGUAAGCUGCAAUUGUGUAUUUUUCUAACUGGAUUGGCUGCUUCUGUAAUCUAAUAGGUUGCGUUUCCUGCGGCCACCGAACUUCACCCUGAAUGCUACUUAUGGGCAUAUUCAGUACGGUGUAAUUCCGAAACUCACUGUAGAAAACAAAUUGUGCUCUAUUGCACAUAAUGAGAAACAGCAAGACGAGAUGAACCUCAAACCUCUCCACCAACCCUGUCUUCCACUGUAAAUAAUGUAUUGUAAGACAACAGAUAAUAGAAAUAAUAAAUGUAUGGGUUGGAACGACAAUGUGGUGAACAACAUGAGUGAAUGUUAUAUAAGAACUAUCAACUGAACAAUUGAAGAGUGAAUUAAUUAAUAAACGCAUGAAUGGAUGUACAAAUUAGCGGAUGAGUAAAUAAAUGCAUUAAAGAAUGACAGGGAUAGCAAGAGCACCAAUAUACUAUAGCUUGGGGCUUUGCGUUCUCAUAUACCCCUGUGCCCUUUGCUAGGUUCUGACACAGUGAAAAAAACAAAAAACUACUCAAAGCUCAAGCCAAGUUUAUUCACCCACUGGGUCAAACAGCUGAAAAGACAACAUGUUUCUACCAGCACAAGUAUUUAUACCCUCCUAUUAGGCGGAGUCUCCUCUUUGCAGAUCUAGACAGCCAAUACAUCUCUGUUGCUAGGCAGGAACUUAGGGGGUGUGUGUUAAAAUGUUCCUUGUCAGUUCUAUUACCUCAGCCCUCAUUCCUCAGUCCUCCCUAAUGCAAGGCUAUCCAACCUUAUCAAUGACUGAAAAUAGACAGUUACCCUAAAUGACAUUUAGCAAUAGCAUAUACUAUGUAAAGUAGUUCUAGUAGUGUAUGAUGACAUGGUCUAAGAUGUUUCUACAACUUGAUUGGAGUCCGCUUUUGGUAAAUUCAAUUUAUUGGACAUGAUUUGGAAAGGCACACACCUCUCUAUAUAAGGUUCCACAGUUGAGCUCGUUGAGCACCAAGACAGGAUUGUGUCAAGGCAAAGAUAUGGGGAAGGGUACCAAAAUAUUUAUAAAAUUGUAUUGUAACAAUAACUUUAUACAUGUAAAGUAGUAGUAGUAUAGUAGGGUACGAAACUUUCUGGAACCUCCGUAAUAAAGUAGAUAUUUUUAUA